GCAGAGGAGUGUGCCUGGGAGUCCUGAUGGACAAGAAGUUGGACAUGAGCAGAAAGCUAACAGUAUGCUUGCUGGGCUGCAUCAGAAGAGGGGUGGCCAGCAGGGAGAGGGAGGUGAUUGGCUCCCUCUGCUCUGCCCUUGUGAGGCCCCAUCUGCAGUACUGCAUCCAGGCCUGGGGAUCCCCAGUAUAGGAAAGAAAUGGAACUGUUGGAAUGGACCCAGAGGAGAGCCAGGAAGAUUAUCAAAGUGCUGGAGUACCUCUCUGGUGAGGAAAUACUGAGGGAGUUGGGCUUGUUCAGCUUGGAGAAGAGAAGGAUUUGAGGAGAUCUAACUGCAGUCUACAGUACUAAAUUUUAGAAAUAACUUACGUAGUCAGGGGGUGGUGAGGUACUGGAACAGGUUACCCAGAGAAGCUGUGGAUGUCCAUCUCUGGAAGAGCUCAAGACUGGGCUGGGUGAGAUCCUGGGCAGGCUGAUCGGGUGGGCAGCAAAUCUGUCCAAGGCUGGGGUUUUGAACUAGAUGCCCCUUAAACACAAGCCAUUCUAUGAUUCUGUGUGGUGUCCCGACGUGCACGUGAUCAGGAUGGCAUUUAUGUACUCCUUUGCCACGAUGCCUUGAUGGUAUCUGCUAACUGAUUAAAAAUUUAGGUUGUCUUGUAUUAUCUCCCUUAGAAAUUAAAUCUAAUUCAUGACAGUUACAUGUUCUUGUACUGGCACAGUUGACUGAAGGUCCUCAACCCAGCGUCAGCCUCUCACUGUGUCUUCAAGGGACAGUUCUACUUCCUCUUGACCGAAGUCUGCCUAUGGCAAUGAGACACACAAUUUUCACUGUCACAGGAUCAUGGAAUCAUUAAGGCUGGAAAAGACCUCUAAGAUCAUCUAGUUCAACCGUCUACCCACCACCAAUAUUACAUCACCAUGUCAUGGUAAUGCUUUCUGCAUUUAACUUCCACUCUGCGACUUUACAGUUGUGUUUUCACCCUGACAGCCCAGGUUGUUGAGCAUUAUAUUCAAUUCUGGGCCUUGACAGCGAGGGUGAGGACUCGGUCCAUUAACACUGUUGAUCAACCUCACAUUUGGGGCAACCCCACUGGCAAUGCCUGAAUAACGCCUGAAAGCACUGCCUAAUGCUAUUUAGCUUCGGUUACAUUUUAACGCAGAAAGAAAGUUUAGAUUCAUUCACGGCACUCAGGUCUUCAGUUUUAAAGAGAGAAAACGCAGCAGCACUUAGAACCGUAGAAAGAAAUGCAGGCUUUAUAAGGUCGUCCUGUCACAGCAGCCCAAGCGCUGCUCCGGUGAGCGCUCGUCAACGGCUCUUAUCCUCACAGACAGGCAGAUACACGCGGGAACGGCGAUUAAAAAAAGGACAGACAACCCUGCCAGCGCAAAAACUACAUUUCCCAGGUGCCUCCGCUCUCCGCCUUCCUGCCCUCACAUGACGGCUAGCUGGCCGCGCCAUGGCGGAAGCUGCGGAGAAGGAAACCAGGUCUAAUGAGGAAUCAACAGAUGAAUCUGAGGAAGAUGAGAGUGAAGAGGAGCCCAAGCUGAAGUAUGAGCGACUUUCUAAUGGAGUGACAGAAAUUCUGCAGAAAGAUGCAGCCAGUUGCAUGACAGUGCAUGAAAAGUUUUUGGCACUGGGAACACAUUAUGGCAAAGUUUAUUUGCUUGAUGUCCAGGGGAACAUCACACAGAAGUUUGAUGUUAGCCCCGUGAAGAUAAAUCAGAUCAGUCUGGAUGAAAGUGGAGAACACAUGGGUGUUUGUUCAGAAGAUGGAAAGGUGCAAGUGUUUGGAUUGUAUUCAGCAGAAGAAUUUCAUGAAACAUUUGACUGUCCCAUUAAAAUUGUUGCUGUUCAUCCUCAUUUUGUAAGAUCCCACUUCAAGCAGUUUGUAACCGGAGGAAAAAAGUUACUGCUCUAUGAAAGAGGCUGGAUGAAUAGGUGGAAGCCUUCCGUUUUACAUGAAGGGGAAGGAAACAUCAGAAAUGUAAAAUGGAGAGGACACUUAAUUGCUUGGGCCAAUAACAUGGGCGUGAAGAUACUUGACAUGAUCUCCAAGCAAAGAAUUACCAAUGUGCCUCGGGAUGACAUAAGCCUUCGCCCAGACAUGUAUCCCUGUAGCCUUUGCUGGAAGGAUAAUUUAACACUGAUUAUUGGCUGGGGAAAUUCAGUAAAGAUUUGCUCAGUGAAGGAGCGGCAUGCCAGUGAAAUGCGCGACCUUCCAAACCGCUAUGUGGAAAUAGUGUUCCAGUUUGAUACAGAGUUCUAUAUCAGUGGGCUUGCACCUCUCUGUGACCAACUUGUUAUACUUUCAUACGUAAAGGAGAUCUCUGAAAAGACGGAGGUGGAGUGUUGUGCCAGGCCCAGACUGGACAUCGUACAACCUCUGCCUGAGUCUUGUGAAGAGAUCUCUUCUGAUGCACUAACAGUACGAGGAUUUCAGGAGAAUGAAUGUAGAGACUAUCAUUUAGAGUAUUCGGAAGGUGAAUCACUGUUUUAUAUCAUCAGCCCAAGAGACGUGGUUGUAGCUAAAGAACGGGACCAGGAUGACCACAUUGACUGGCUUCUUGAGAAGAAGAAAUACGAAGAGGCUUUGAUGGCAGCUGAGAUCAGUCAGAAAACCAUAAAAAAGCACAAGAUUUUGGACAUAGGCUUAGCCUAUAUAAAUCACCUAGUGGAGAAAGGAGAGCAUGACCUGGCUGCUCGAAAGUGCCAGAAAAUUCUUGGCAAAAACACAGAACUCUGGGAAUUUGAAGUUUACAAGUUCAAAGAAAUAGGUCAACUUAAGGCAAUUAGUCGUUACUUGCCCAGACGGGAUCCAGUUUUGAAACCUCUUAUCUACGAGAUGGUCCUGCAUGAGUUUUUGGAGAGUGACUAUGAGGGGUUUGCAACCCUGAUAAAAGAGUGGCCUGGAGAUCUCUACAACAACACAAUCAUAGUUCAAGCUGUAGUAGAUCACCUGAAGAAAGAUCCACAAAACAGGACAUUGUUAAGAACCCUUGCAGAACUGUAUACUUAUGAUCAGCGCUAUGGCAGAGCCCUAGAAAUUUACCUAACUCUGAGACACAAAGACGUCUUCCAGUUGAUCCACAAGCACAAUCUGUUCGGUUCCAUCAAAGAUAAAAUUGUUCUGCUCAUGGAUUUUGAUUCAGAGAAAGCAGUAGACAUGCUUUUGGAUAAUGAAGAUAAAAUUUCUAUUGACAGAGUUGUUGAAGAGCUAGAAAACAGACCUGAACUACAGCAUGUGUAUUUGCACAAGCUUUUCAAAAGAGACCACCAUAAAGGACAACGGUAUCAUGAAAAACAGAUCAGUCUUUAUGCUGAAUAUGAUCGUCCAAAUUUACUGCCAUUUCUCAGAGACAGCACACACUGUCCACUAGAGAAGGCUCUAGAGAUCUGCCAACAGAGAAACUUUGUAGAAGAGACAGUUUAUCUUCUGAGCAGAAUGGGUAACAGCCGCAGUGCUUUGAAGAUGAUAAUGGAAGAACUGCAAGAUGUAGAUAAAGCUAUUGAAUUUGCCAAGGAACAAGAUGAUGGAGAACUUUGGGAAGACCUCAUCUUAUAUUCUAUUGACAAACCACCUUUUAUUACUGGUUUGUUGAACAAUAUUGGAACUCAUGUUGACCCCAUUCUUUUGAUUCAUCGUAUUAAGGAAGGCAUGGAAAUUCCUAAUUUGAGAGACUCGCUAGUGAAAAUUCUUCAGGACUACAACUUGCAGAUCUUGCUGCGGGAAGGUUGCAAGAAGAUUCUUGUUGCUGACUCUCUUUCUCUGCUGAAGAAAAUGCAUCGAACUCAGAUGAAGGGUGUUCUAGUAGAUGAGGAAAAUAUCUGUGAAUCAUGCCUGUCACCAAUACUUCCUGCAGAUGCAUCCAAAUCCUUCAACGUGGUAGUGUUCCACUGCAGACACAUGUUUCACAAAGAAUGUCUCCCAGUAUCUAACACAGUAUCUUCUGUCCAGUUCUGCAACAUAUGCAGUGCCAAACACAGAGGACCAGGAAGUGCAAUCUUGGAGAUGAAGAAAUAGCAGUCCCCUAGCUCUCCAUACCAGUCUGUGACACCAAGUCUGUUAGGAGCCACUGUAGUUUCUGUUAGUCACAUUUCUGUAAAUAAUUCUGAAUGUGAUUUAAAACUGAUUUCUAUAAGUUAUCCUGCUUCUUGAACACUUUCUGGAAAGAGAAGAUGUGAAAAUCUUUGCUUAGUAGAGCUUUCAUAUUUCACUGUUCCUGUGCUCAGCUUAUUCUUUACUUAACUCUGGAACUGAAAAGGAAAAUAAAAAGACAGGAAACAAGUCUGAA